AUGCUCCGCCACCCUCAGUGCUUCUGCCUGGUAAGCCUUCUCCCCUCCCUGGCUCCCAGCAGAAGUCCCCAUGAGCGGGUCCCUGUUCACCCUUGCCUCACUUUCCUUUUCCGUAGGUCAGUGAACAAUUUCCUGCUAACAGGUCCCAAGGCCUAUCUGACCUACACAACCAGCGUGGCCCUGGGCGCCCAGAAUGGCAUUGAGGAGUGCAAGUUCCAGUUCGCUUGGGAGCGUUGGAACUGUCCAGAGAACGCGCUGCAGCUAUCCACUCACAGGCUGAGAAGCGCCACCAGGGAGACGUCCUUCCUCCAUGCUAUCAGCUCUGCCGGAGUCAUGUACACCAUCACCAAGAACUGCAGCAUGGGUGACUUUGAAAACUGCGGCUGUGAUGAGUCAAAGAAGGGAAAGACAGGAGGCCAUGGCUGGAUCUGGGGAGGCUGCAGCGACAACGUGGACUUUGGAGAGAGGAUCUCCAAGCUCUUUGUGGACAGCCUGGAGAAGGGGAGGGAUGCCCGCGCCCUGAUGAACCUUCACAACAACAGGGCGGGCCGGCUGGCAGUGAGAGCCACCAGGCAAAGGACCUGCAAGUGCCAUGGCAUCUCUGGGAGCUGCAGUAUCCAGACGUGCUGGCUCCAGCUGGCUGACUUCCGGGAGCUGGGCGACUAUCUGAAGACCAAGUACGACCAGGCCCUGAAAAUCGAGAUAGACAAGCAGUGGUUAAAGGCCGGUAACAGCGCCGAGGGUCACUGGGCACCCACCAAGGCCUUCCUGCCAAGCGCGGAGGCUGAAUUGGUCUUUCUAGAGGAUUCCCCAGAUUACUGUACCCGCAAUUCCAGCCUGGGCAUCCUUGGCACAGGGGGCCGAGAGUGUGUGAAGAGCGGCCGCCACACCUUGCAGAGGGGCCGGGACAGCUGCGGGCGCCUGUGCACAGAGUGUGGCCUGCAUGUGGAAGAGAGGAUAGCCGAGGCUGUCAGCAGCUGUAACUGCAAAUUCCAGUGGUGCUGCACAGUCAAGUGUGAGAAGUGCCGGCAUGUGGUGAACAGGUACAACUGCGAGCACCCACGCAGAGCUUGACACACACCCACAAGACCCCCCCAACCCCGUCCCUCCACAGCCCGCACAGGGGAACGCCCUGGAGCCCACACGGCCGAGGAUUCCCUCGCUCCAGUGUGUGCCCUGGAAGGGGACACAGCUCCCCUCUUGAAGACAGCCCAUCAGAAAACACUUGGAAAAAUCACAGGGCCCUUCUGUCAACCUUUUGAUUUCAGCCAGCGAUGAGGAAUGGAGGUCCUGGGGAACCUUUGUGCCUGGAUGUACUGAGCUUGCUAAUGUUGGGUUUGGGGGUGCUUAGGAAGAGGGCACCUCAAAGUAAUUGUAAGGUUUUUUUUUUUUUUGACCAUGUCCAGUUCAAGGUCAGAAUCAGGAAACGGAAGCAAAAACUGAAAGCAUCUCUUCCCAUGCUGAUCUCCCCUGGCUAGUCUCUCUUUUCUUUUCCUUACUUUU